CCAUUUCCACCAUCACAGUCAUCUGGAAAUGAGGGUAUCGGUAGCUCUGGACAAAAGACAAAGAGGGGGUAGCUUUUUCUGUUGGGUUUGUAAAGUCCUUGGCAAACCGCAGCUGUACAUUUACAGUUUCGGACUGCAAUUCGGAUCAUCAUCAGCUGCACAGUCGUCUCUAAAGUCUCGAAUAGUUUUGUUUGUGUACCGAAAACUCUGUAACCAGCGAAAGGAUGUCGUCGCGCAAGACUGCCGGACGUCGCAGCACGACGAAGAAGCGUGCCCAACGCGCCACCUCUAAUGUGUUCGCCAUGUUCGAUAAGGCACAGAUCGCCGAAUUCAAAGAAGCGUUUAACAUGAUUGAUCAAAACCGGGACGGGUUCAUCGAAAAGGACGACCUGCACGAUAUGCUAGCUUCGCUGGGCAAAAACCCGACGGAAGAAUUCCUGGACGGCAUGAUGAAUGAGGCACCGGGACCGAUCAACUUUACGAUGUUUCUUACCCUUUUCGGCGAGCGUCUGCAGGGAACGGAUCCCGAGGAGGUAAUCAAGAACGCAUUCGGUUGUUUCGACGAGGAGAACAGUGGCGUCAUGCACGAGGACAGACUGCGCGAGCUGCUGACCACUAUGGGUGACCGAUUCUCCGACGAUGACGUGGACGAAAUGUUCCGCGAAGCACCGAUCAAGAACGGCUUGUUUGACUAUAUCGAAUUCACCAGAAUCCUGAAGCACGGCGCAAAGGACAUGGACGAACAGUAACUCCUUUUCAUGCACGUUAUAAGCUUAAUAAGUUAUCAUGAAAUUGAUCGAAUGUAAGAAACUCUGAAUCGAAAUUUAGAUUUUUAACAUUGUUCGACCGUAAACAAAUCACAAGAAGGACAAUUGCCAAACUUUAGAGGUCAGUUCAAUUGAGGAGACAGCAACCACACAAGUGCCAGGUCUGUUUUGCAACACGGAGAGAUUCGUAAAUCUUGAAACAGUAUACACGUAUCGUAGCAGUAUUAAAAAGCAUCUUCCAUAUUCCAAUUGGUUUCCAGAGUUUUAAAUAUUCGUUAAAUUAUCAAAACUAGUUGAAAUACGGCCAACAAGGCGCCGCUACAGAAUCAGAUACUUACGAAGGCAAAUAGAAUGGUAACGUUCGUCUUGCAUGUUCUUAAAGUUAUCUUUUAUUUGAAACAUAUCUGCUUUUAUCGACCUUUUUAUAUGCACUUUGUUUUUUUCUAUCUAUUUUAUUCCAUGUAAAAUAAAAGUAUCGAAAAUUG